UUUACUCCUCCCCUUUUCAAAUCACGCCGUCUGUGCGUGGUGAAAAGUUCGUCUUAAUCUGGUGCUAAUAUUUUUCAUAUUUAGCAGGUUAUUAGCAAAACACGCUGCGUAAAGAAUGGCUUCUAUAAAGAUGAACGGGAGAAUUGUGUGUAUCAAACCCUUACAAUCAGUUAUUAAAUCAUUAAGAUAUGCAACAACGACAAGUUUUUCAAGAACUGCAGACGCACGUGAGAAAAAAGUUGCGGUCAUCGGAACUGGCGUAUCUGGAAUUUCUGCAUUAAGAAAUUUGACUUCGCCGUUUGGUAACAUAACACCAGUUGCAUUCGAGAGAAGUGCUUCUUUUGGUGGACACUGGUCAUUUACCAGCAACAAAACACGUGAUGAGUUUGGGUAUCCGCCUUCAUCUGCAAUUUACUGCGGACUAAGAACAAAUUUACCAAGAGAAUUGAUGUCUUUUCCGGGAUUUGAACAUGACGAAAAUUUACCAACAUUUCCGAAGCAAAGUGAUAUCUUCGAGUACCUGCAGAGAUAUGUAGAUUAUUGUGACCUUGAAAAAUAUAUAAAGUUUAAUACAAUUGUAACUAAUGCAGUUCCCAGGAGCCCGGGUGAUGUCAAAACGAAAUGGGAAGUGACGUAUUGUGACGUCAGUGAUCCCACUAAAUCAUCUACAGACGAGUUUGACGCAGUUAUAAUUUGUAAUGGGUCGAUGUAGUGAAAAUAUCCUCGAAUGCAAUGCAUGAUGGGAACGAUGCAUUUUAAAACAACGCAUCUAUUAAAGGUUCACGGAAAAGGUUACAGAGUCAAAUAUAUGGUUAUACUAUAUAUGAAGGACUGAGAAAAAAACUCAUCUUUAUACAU